CCCGCCGCCUGGCACCGCCGCCGCUCCGCCAGCCGGCCCGCCGCUGCUCGGCCUCGGCCGGGCGGGGACUUGGCAGCGACUCCCGGGGCCGGAGGGAGAGCAGGGAGAGCGCCUGCCCCCCGCUGCCCGCUCCGCUGCGGCUUUUGGGCGGAGGAGGAGGAGGAGGAAGGUCUGGGCUCGGCCGAGGAGCAGCCGCCGCCGCCGCCAGGGAGGAGAGAGACGGAGAGGCGGCUGGAGCCCCCCAAAGUGCCCCCCCGUCCCUGCGCUGCAGGCUACAUUUCCAGCUUCAUGGGCAAAGUGUGGAAACAGCAGAUGUACCCCCAGUACACCACCUACUACUACCCCCAGUAUCUGCAGGCGAAGCAGUCCAUUGUACCAGCCCACCCAAUGGCUCCUCCUAGUCCCAGCACCACCAGCAGUAAUAACAACAGUAGUAGCAGCAGCAACUCAGGAUGGGAUCAAUUAAGUAAAACAAACCUUUACAUCAGAGCACUGCCUCCAAACACCACUGAUCAGGACCUGGUAAAAUUAUGCCAACCGUAUGGGAAAAUCGUAUCCACAAAGGCAAUUUUGGAUAAGACAACAAACAAGUGCAAAGGUUAUGGCUUUGUUGACUUUGACAGCCCAGCAGCUGCUCAGAAGGCAGUUUCUGCUCUCAAGGCUAGUGGAGUCCAAGCACAGAUGGCAAAGCAACAAGAACAGGAUCCAACUAACUUAUACAUUUCCAAUUUGCCACUUUCAAUGGAUGAGCAGGAGCUUGAGAACAUGCUUAAACCGUUUGGGCAGGUUAUCUCUACGAGGAUAUUGCGUGACUCGAGUGGGACAAGCCGUGGUGUUGGCUUUGCCAGGAUGGAAUCAACAGAAAAAUGUGAAGCAGUGAUUGCUCAUUUUAAUGGAAAAUUCAUAAAGACACCAGCAGGAGUUUCUGUUCCUGCAGAACCCUUAUUGUGCAAGUUUGCUGAUGGAGGACAGAAAAAGAGACAGAAUCAGAAUAAAUAUAUACAGAAUGGAAGAGCAUGGCACAGAGAAGGCGAGGUGAGACUUGCUGGAAUGACACUCACUUAUGAUCCAACCACAGCUGCUUUACAAAAUGGAUUUUAUCCAUCACCCUACAGUAUUACAGCAAACAGAAUGAUCACUCAAACAUCUAUUACGCCAUAUAUUGCUUCGCCGGUUUCCACAUACCAGGUUCAGAGUCCUUCUUGGAUGCAGCCUCAACCAUAUAUAAUGCAGCACCCAGGUGCUGUACUGACUCCCUCCAUGGACCAUACCAUGUCACUACAGCCUGCAUCAAUGAUAAGCCCUCUGACACAGCAGAUGAGUCAUCUUUCAUUAGGCAGUACUGGAACAUACAUGCCAGCCACAACAGCUAUGCAAGGAGCCUACAUACCCCAAUAUACACAUGUCCAGACAGCAGCGGUUCCUGUUGAGGAAGCCAGUGGUCAACAGCAGGUUACAGUAGAGACGUCCAGUGACCAUUCUCCAUAUACAUAUCAACAAAAUAAGUAACUGUGAGGUCAGCUGUGUUAUUUGACAACACUGUUCUCAUCCCCAUUAUUGGCAUAACAACUUAUAUGUUCAAGUAUGUAAAGAUAGAAAUGAACCAAUUGGGAAACUUCGCACAUUCAACAGAUGGCACAGCCUGCAUAGCACAACAUAUGACCUGUGUUUAUUAUUUUAGUCUGGCCAAAUGCCUGCAUCUAGAGAAAGCCCACAUCCUUGGUUUUCUUCCAGGGCAGGGAGAAAGCAAAGCCACAGACUCUUCUCGUUCUCCAUCUCCUAGCGUUAAAACCAUGGCUCCUGCAUGUUUCCCAUGCCAAGGUUAUUGGCUGGUGUUAACCACUUUUCAAGGAAUUAUUUGUUUUGCCUUAAGUCUUCCCUGUGGGCAUGUAAAACCUUCUUACAAACAGAGAUCUGUGGUAGACGGGGAAGCAGAAUCCUGCACGGCAUCUCCGCACCCUGCCUCUCCAUCAGCGUGUCGGUCUCUUUCCCAUAGACUGGGUCCAUAGGAGGAGCAGCACGUAGUCUCCUGAAAGGAUGAGAUGUGCUGCCAUCUGAGACGCGUUCUGUAACAACGACUCUGUAGCAUACUGAGCUCUGUGAGCAGCUCUGGGCUUUUUCUGUAAGCCAGUCCUCCAUGUAUUUUUAUUCUUCAGAAGUACUGCUACCUGUGUUUAUCUGCACAGGGAAAUCUGUGUGUGCAGUGACUGUGGCAGUGGGAGCGGGCACGUGGAGAAGGUUAAUAUGGUUCAACAGAUUUCAGCCUCGGAGUAUGGCAUUUGGUAUUUCUGUCCCUAGAGCAUGCCGGUACUUGUCACUUUUCAGACAGGUGAAGGGGAGGGAAUUGACGGUUAUUUCUUGCCCUAAAUACAGUGAACGCUGCGGUCUCUUAAUUGUUGUGGUUUUGUCACUAUUGACAAAUUGAAACUUCGUUCUAAAUGCGUGCACAGCACUUUUGGAAAUGCCCUGUUGAAAGUCAGCAUACAUAUUGCCAUAAAUAAGUGGUAAAUGACAACUAGCACAUUCACACAAGCUGAUGCGGUCUAUCAGAAAUACCCAGCAUCUUACCAAAUAAAUUUAGUAUACCCUUACCAAAUACAUUUAGUAGCUUCUUUUCAAAAAAGCUGCUACUAUAUCAAAAUAGUCAAAGGGACUUGAAAAAAGUGUGUUAUAACUGUAUAUGCACCUACAAAUAUACAAACCUUAAAUUAACAGACUUGCCUUGAAAAAUUCAAAAGUUGUCUUAACUUUUCAUUAGCUGAGCAUUUUUUAAAACCCAUCUGGCAAUAUAAGCCAAUAUAGUAAAUGGAGAAGUCUCCCUUAAAGUUUAAUGAACCCUGAAUUACUGUUAAAUAUUAACUAUCUACCAGGCACGGUAGCUGUCUUUGCAUUAGCUGCAGUACCUUGUGCUUAGCCUCCCUACGGCUGCACCAGAAGGAAAUUGUGUUCCUUUUCCAGAGAUCAAAAGCCUUUGGGAUGCAGCAGCAGUAUGCUCACAUACUCAGCUACUUUUGGUCAGCUAAAAGGAAACAACCCUAACAAAGCAAGAAAGGAGAUAGCUUUGAAUGCAGCCUUCCAGUUCCUCGGUGGGCAUUCUGCAUGCUUAUCUUUAUUAGAGAUAAAGGGGGAAAAUACGCUGGAAGACUGUAUCCUGGCAAGUGACAAGCACCUGUAGAGCCGCCUGUGUUUGCUUCUCAGAUCUGUGCUCACAUUCACGUAGUCUGCUCACAGCUGUCUGAAAUAGGAAAUAAUUUAGCUUGUAGACAGCUACAGUAGAAAAAUGAAUGCAAUUCGCAACUCUGCUCUAGCUCUGACCUUUCUGUGUUGCAGAUGUCCAGUGUUGACCUGGCCUGGAGAAGGGUGCAAAGGCUGAAACAAUCAUGGAUUUUACUGAUCAAUUGUGCUUUAGGAAUUAUUGACAGUUUUGCACAGGUUCUUGAAAAUGUUAUUUAUAAUGAAAUCAACUAAAACUAUUUUUGCUAUAAGUUCUAUAAGGUGCAUAAGAAAAACCUUAAAUUCAUCUAGUAGCUGUUCCCAUGAACAGGUUUAUUUUAGUAAAAAAAAAAAAAUUUUUAUCAAGUGUUAUGACGCAAAAAAGAAAAAAAAAAUCAAAUUUCUGGGUAUGCACAGAUGACCACAAAGACUUAUUCAUGUGCAUGACAGAAUUUGUGUUUUGGUUUAUUUUUAUUUUGUUUCCUUUUUUUUUCUUUUCUUUUUUUCUUUUUCUUCUUUUUUUUAAUUGUAUGAAAUGGGUUUUCUGAAGUUUCAAAUAGUAAAACAUCUAAGAUGAUGUUCUGUGCUUGCAGUGUGUGAGUGUUGCUUUAGUGCUGUGUUGCAGUUAUAGUGUCUGGUCUUUUAGCUUUCUGUUUUUCUUUUAAUGUAGUGUGAAGUGUCUUAUCCUUUUCUAUAAAUUCCAAUUUGCCUUAAAUCUUUCGAUGCUGUAGCUGUUUCAGUAAGUAGUCCAAACUAAUGGUGUAGAAUGCUUUGACCAAAUGAGCUGGUCUAUUAUGCCUUGUAAAACAGCAGCAUAGGGCUUUUAAAGGUAGUCAAUAAAAAUUGCUGAAAAUUUGGCUUUUUUAA